CUACUUUUUGUGAGCACGCGGUGCGUCCGGCCUUUCCAACAGGGCUCCGACGACGAACAUGGCCAAGAUUAAGGCAAGAGAUUUGCGGGGCAAGAAGAAGGAGGAGCUGCUGAAGCAGCUGGAUGACCUGAAGAAUGAGCUGUCCCAGCUGCGUGUGGCCAAAGUGACCGGAGGAGCCGCUUCCAAGCUCUCCAAGAUCCGUGUCGUUCGCAAAUCCAUCGCCCGGGUACUGACUGUAAUCAACCAGACGCAGAAGGAGAAUCUGAGGAAGUUCUACAAGGGCAAGAAAUACAAGCCCCUGGACCUGAGGCCCAAGAAGACCAGGGCGAUGCGCCGCCGCCUCAACAAGAACGAAGAGAGUCUGCGCACAAAGAAACAGCAGAGGAAAGACCUCCUCUACUCGAUGCGCAAAUUUGCUGUCAAAGCUUGAUUUUUUUAUUUUAGGUGAAAUAAAAAAAUCUUUCGGUGUGUAA